AUUGCCGAGCGUCCGUCCUGCCGGACUGCUGGAGGCGGACGCAGCGCCAUGUUGGAUGCUCCGGUGUCUGAGUGAGGAAAAUCACCGGUAUCUUUCCGCAUUCCCCAGACUGACAGCGGCUCCCGUGUCCCCAAGGCCGCGCUCCCAUGAGGGUCCGCCCCUGAGCCCGGCCCGGCCAUGAGUUUACCGCACAAGCCGGCCCUGAAAUCCGCCGCACCCACCGGAGCCGGGACCGGGGUGCUGGGGCCUCCCCCCUCUGCUGCCGUGCCCGCUGCUGUGCCCAGCUCCGCCGUGCCUCCUCCUCCCUCUUCGGCUUCCUCUGCAGCCGCCUCACACCCCGGAAUCCGGGCCCUGCAGCCGCCGCCUGCCGCAGCACUCUCUCGGGGAGCGCUGCCGCAGGGCCUCGAUGAACGCAUCUUCUCCCCAUCUGCCGUCUACAGCACUGUCGCUGCACAGGUAGCGAGACAGCCCGGCCCGCCAGCCCCCUCCCCCUAUUCUACGCAUGACUUGACCAAGGGCCAUCCAAACUUGGCCGCCACACCUCCAGGACAUGCUUCUUCUCCAGGACUCUCACAGGCCUCCUACGCCACAGGGCAGAGUGCAGCGGCUCCCACUCUAGUGUAUCCUCAGCCACCGCAGACAAUGAGUACGCAGCAACAGACCCGCACACCCUUUGCAGCUGGACCUCGACCAACACAUCACCAGGGAGGAUUCAGACCCAUUCAGUUUUUCCAGAGGCCGCAGAUCCAGCCUCCACGUGCAACCAUACAGAACAGCAACCCCUCCAUCCGAACGAAUGCACAGACCCCCACCGCCGCAGUCUACCAGACCAACCAGCACAUCAUGAUGGUGAAUCAUCUGCCGAUGCCAUACGCUAUGCCGCAGGGUCCCCAGUACUGUAUCCCUCAGUAUCGACACAGCACUCCUCCUUAUGUGGGACCCCCUCAGCAGUACUCCGUGCAGCCACCCGGGCCUAGCCCAUUCUAUCCGGGUCCUGGACCUGGGGAGUUCCCUACCCCGUACGGAAACCCGUUUUAUCCCAGUCAGCCGGUGUACCAAUCAGCGCCGAUCAUAGUGCCUACACAGCAACCGCAGCAGCCCCCGCCUCCCACCAAGAGGGAGAAGAAAACGAUCCGAAUCCGAGAUCCCAAUCAGGGCGGCAAAGACAUCACUGAGGAAAUCAUGUCAGGGGGAGGAAGUAGAAAUCCCACCCCCCCAAUCCUACGACCUAGCUCCACGCCCACUCCCCCUCAGCAGUUGCCCAACCAGGCUCCUGAGCACAGCCCAGUGGUGUAUGGGGCUGUGGAGAGCCCUCAUCUCACUGCCACCCGGGAGCACAAAACAGAGGAAAAGCCAAAACCAGAGGCCAUCCUAAAACCCGCCCCUCUGCGCCCAGAGCCCAGCGACCAUGGCAAGUGCGCAGUGCUGGAGCAGAUACCAGACCCUGCCCCGACAGACUCCAGGCCUGAGCUCCACCAGACAUCUGGCAUUUUACCCGUCGUUGCCACGCUGGCCACUCCAGUGGUGGUCGCCCCAGCUCCAUCCUUUCCCUGCCACUUGGGGGACGGUGAGAACACAUCGCAGGAGUCUACGUCUCUUGAUGAAGCUGCCACCACUGCUGACGAUGUUGAAGAGGAGCUAUGCAAGGAACCGCUGGGGCUUCCCGUAGCUGCUGACACCCCAGUGACUGCUCAGGAAAUGAAUGGCAUAAGCUAUGAACUUCCGACGAUGGACAGUUCUGUGGGGGAUAAAGCAACGGGGGAAGAAGCUUCAAUAGAUGUGCCAGAGCUGGCGCCCCCCACAGAUCUGAGCGUAGAAUGCACUUCUCCAAAUGUGCCUCUAUCAUCACCACUACAGUCAGAUUCCCCCCCUCCUCCUCUCAUAGCUGCUGCUCAUUGCACCACUAAAACCUCGCCUCCUGCUGCUGUUCUUCCAUCCAUCGGCUGUGACCAUGUGGACGAGCAGGAGGAUUCCAGGACUGCCAUUCUGGAUGGGCAUGCAGACUCUGCAAACAUUGGACGGGUAGACACAGAAUCCGAGCUUGAGACUAGUGUGACACUUCUAAGCUUCAGCUCCCGGAGGAGUCCUGUGGAGGCUCAGACAGUCGCAGCUUCACCAAAGAUGUGGCAGAAGCCAAAAGACGAGAGUCCGGAUGCUGACGAGGUUGUGCCACACAAUGUUGAGCUGCAGGAGCAGGGGGAGACGGCAGAAGAGAAGAAGGUUGUGGACGAAGAGGAAAAUGGCAUAGUCAGCGAUGAGACGGAACACCCCUACCUUAAGCUGCCCGAGGAGAACGGCGAAGCUGAACCGCUGCGCAAUGGAGCAGAUAACAUGUCCGAAGGUGAAGGAGCAGAGCCGGCAGGUCCUGAGGAAGAGUACCCGUAUAAAUCAGGAUCAGAAACCGCAGAGCAGCCCUCCCAAGAAUCCUCUCUGGAUGUCCCUGCACCACCUGCCUCCAACGUGCAGAAUGACGGAAAGCGACAGUACGACCGGGAUUUCCUGCUGGGGUUCCAGUUUAUGCCAGCAUGUGUGCAGAAGCCCGAAGGCUUGCCGCCCAUCAGCGAUGUGGUCCUGGACAAAGUGAGGAGAGAGAUCAAUCAGCCAAAGCUUGCAAUGAGGACCCUGGACCCCCGAAUGCUGCAGAAGGGACCAGACUUCACUCCUGCCUAUGCAGACUUUGGCCGGUUAGCACCUGGAGGUCGCGGCAUACCUUUGCUGAAUGUGGGGGGCCCCAGACGUUCACAGCCAGGGCAGAGGCGGGAGCCCAGGAAAAUAAUCAUGAACAUUUCAGUGACAGAUGAAGUUUACUUGAAGAAAGCGGAGAACGCAUGGAAGCCCGGUGUUAAGAGGGAGUCCCAGGCGGAGGACCCAGAGAGCAUCCGGACACAGGCUCUUUUCCGUAAGGUUCGGAGCAUCUUGAACAAACUGACGCCUCAGAUGUUCAACCAGUUGAUAAAGCAGGUGAUGGAUUUGACUGUGGACACAGAGGAGCGUCUAAAAGGGGUGAUUGACUUGGUGUUUGAGAAGGCGAUCGAUGAGCCCAGCUUCUCCGUGGCGUAUGCCAACAUGUGCAGAUGCCUUGCCACUUUAAAAGUACCGAUGGCUGACAAGCCCGGGAGCACUGUGAACUUCCGCAAAUUACUUCUCAACCGAUGUCAGAAGGAGUUUGAGAAGGACAAAGUCGAUGAUGACGUCUUUGAGAAGAAGCAGAAAGACCUGGAUUUGGCUACAACACAGCCGGAAGAGAAGACUCGUCUUCAGGAAGAACUAGAAGAAGCCAGAGACAAAGCUCGGCGAAGGUCCAUAGGGAACAUUAAGUUUAUUGGAGAACUUUUCAAGUUGAAGAUGUUAACGGAGGCGAUCAUGCAUGACUGUGUAGUAAAACUUCUAAAGAACCAUGAUGAGGAGUCGUUGGAGUGUCUGUGCCGGCUGCUCACCACCAUCGGCAAGGAUCUGGACUUUGAGAAGGCGAAGCCACGCAUGGAUCAGUACUUCAACCAGAUGGAGAAGAUUGUGAAGGAGCGGAAAACAUCGUCGCGGAUCCGCUUCAUGCUGCAGGAUGUCAUAGACCUGAGACUGUGCAACUGGGUAUCACGGAGAGCGGACCAGGGCCCAAAAACUAUAGAACAGAUCCACAAAGAGGCCAAAAUAGAAGAGCAGGAAGAGCAGAGGAAAGUGCAGCAACUGAUGACCAAAGACAAGAGGAGGCCAGGAGUGCAGAGAGUGGAGGAGGGUGGAUGGAACAUGGUUCAAAGUACAAAGAAUAACAGAGUCCUGGACCCUACCAAGUUCCUGAAGAUCACCAAGCCCACCAUUGAUGACAAGAUCCAGCUAGUGCCCAAAGCUCAGCUCGGCAGCUGGGGGAAAGGAAGCAGUGGAGGGGCAAAGACCAGUGAGACAGAGUCCUUACGUCCAGGGGCCCCCAGUCUGAAUCGAUUCUCUGCCCUACAACCUUCUGCCUCUCCAACAGUGUCCUCCACAGUCUCAGACCUCGACAGCCGCAGAAUAUUAACAAGCCAUGGUAACACUGGCCGCGAGAGGAAUGACAAGCCCGUUCCCCCCUCCGCUUCGGCCACGCGCCCCAGCAGCUUCCUGCGAGGCAGCAGUGCAAAGGAACUAAUAGACAAUCAAGAGGAGCAACGGCGAGGAACGCUGCACACGCCUAAAACGUUGCCCAUCUCCACAGAGCAGGAGAAGGCGCCGAGCUUAGAACGGAAACUCAGAGAACCAGCCAAGUGUGAGGCACCAGAAUCUGACAAGUCCCCAGUGUCAGAGGAUGAGCUAGAACGAAAAUCAAAGGCCAUUAUAGAUGAGUUUCUGCACAUCAACGACUUUAAGGAGGCCAUGCAGUGUGUGGAGGAGCUCGCUGCACAAGGCUCCCUCUCGGUCUUUGUUCGAGUGGGUGUAGAGUCCACGCUGGAAAGGAGUCAGAUCACCCGGGAUCACAUGGGACAACUGCUGUAUCAGCUGGUGCAGUCCGGGAAGCUCAGCAAGCAGGAUUUCUUCACGGGAUUGUCUGAGACGCUCGAGCUGGCCGAUGAUAUGGCAAUUGAUAUCCCACAUAUCUGGCUGUACCUGGCGGAGCUGGUGACCCCUAUGUUAAAGGAUGGGGGCAUAUCUCUAAAAGAAUUAAUCACGGAGUUUAACAAGGCGCUGCUCCCUGUGGGACGUACCGGUGUUUUGUUGUCGGAAAUGUUGCACCUUCUAUGCAAACAAAUGAGCCAUAAGAAAGUGGCCGCUUUGUGGAGAGACACUGGUUUAAGGUGGAAAGAUUUGUUGCCAGAAGGAGAAGACGUUCAGAGUUUUGUAAGUGAAAAGAACCUGGACUUCACGUUGUCUGACUGCUGCAGCCCAUCAGAAAGUCUUUCCAAGAAAGAGAUGACAGCGGAGGAGCUGAACAAGCGGCUGGAGCAGCUCAUUCUUGAGGAGAACGCUAGUGACGAGCAGAUAUUUGACUGGGUAGAAGCAAACCUAGACGAGGGUCAGAUGAGUUCUCCUGCGUUCCUGAGAGCUUUAACGACCGCAGUAUGCAAAGCGGCAAUAAUAGGGGACUGUUCUUCCUGCCGCGUGGACACUACUUUUCUCAAACAGAAGGUUCCAGUCUUACUAAAAUACAUGGACUCCAAUGUGGAGAGAGAACUACAAGCACUUUAUGCACUGCAAGCAUUGAUAGUAAAACUUGAUCAACCUCCCAACUUGCUCCGUAUGUUUUUUGACUGUCUCUACGAUGAAGAGGUCAUCUCCGAGGACGCCUUCUACAGGUGGGAAAGCAGUAAAGACCCCGCAGAGCAGAAUGGAAAAGGUGUAGCCCUAAAGUCAGUCACUGCCUUUUUCACGUGGCUACAAGAGGCCGAGGAGGAGUCCGAGGACAACUAGAAACCUAAUCUAAUGACAUUUUAAUGACCGCGCUGCUGGGUAGGAGGAGUCACAGCCAGGGUCACGUUCAGCAACUUUAUAUACAUUUUUUUUUCCGCCCUCCCAUUCCUCUCUCUUUGCCAAUCAGGGUACAGAACAGUGGGUGAAAACAAGCGUGAAGGGAAUAAACUACAAAUCCGCAGAAGGUUGAUGAAAUUUACCAGUCCAAGCAUUGAUUUGAAUCGUUUGAGGGGAGGUCACCCCCUGAGUUUUGUGGGGAACGUUGCCCCCACACACGCUAUUUAUAGAAGUAAAUUUUUUUUUAAAUGCCUUCCCAUGUCGCUUUUUUUUUUAUGGAAAAAAAAAAAAAAAUUAUAAAUAGACAAGAGACUUGAAACCACAAAUCAUUUCAGAAAAAAAAAAAGAAAAUAAUUUAUUGUCCAAGGACUUCAUGAGGCGGCGUUCCCUCUGUUCAGAGAAGCCACGGGAUGGGAACCCGGCUCCUUCCUCGCAUUGUAGCCUGCCUUUUAUAUUUAAAAGGAUAUAAAGAUACAUUUUAUGGAAAGUUUGAGCGUCGGCUCCCUGAGGUUGCAGCAGUCGCUGGUUCGGUUUUGGAAGUGGACAAGCCCUCUCUUCAACAUACCCAUGUGUCCGGGUAUUGAUGCAUUAGAGGCAUUUAAGAUUUGGGGGGCCCAAAACCCCCCUCCCCCUGUCAAUACUGGAGCUUUGGCGCGGUACGCAAUACUGAAGGAUGCAGACACUUGUGUCCAGCCAGCAUGUAGCACUGCAGCAGUGGCCGAGCCCUACGAUGUAGGGCCCCCCCCCCCCCCAAAAAAAAAAUUGACCAUUACAGGCGCCAACUCGCUGCCACCAAAUCGGUGUUGCUGAAGCGUGGUAAAGAGAAUUGUUGAAAUUCAGUAUUUUAAGUGAACUGGCAGAAAAAUAGAGGAGUAAUAGAAAACCUCCAGGGAUACAGUGGUGCAGAGGAGGGGGAGCGUGUCUCUGAGCCUGUGCGAGUUGCGGCUUUCCACAAUAACGGCACAUGCCACUGUGCCACGCUUUCUCUUUUGUUGUAUUUCUAUUCAUUUUAGCCUGGUUUCCUAUGGAAAGAAAGGCUAAUAAAACUAUCUGUACCCUG